AACGAGCCCCUCUUUUUGCUGCUAUUUCUACCACGUGGUAGCUCCGGUCGGGGUCAGUGUUUGCCUGGCCAAGGUCACCAAGAGUGACAGCUUCAGGGCGGGCCCUGGCUGCUGAGGCUGUUAAACCUGAUCAAGAUGACAACCUCCCAAAAGCACCGUGACUUCGUGGCAGAGCCCAUGGGGGAAAAGCCAGUGGGGAGCCUGGCCGGGAUUGGUGAAGUCCUGGGCAAGAAGCUGGAGGAAAGGGGCUUUGACAAGGCUUAUGUGGUCCUUGGCCAGUUUCUGGUGCUAAAGAAAGAUGAAGACCUCUUCAGAGAAUGGCUGAAGGACACGUGUGGUGCCAAUGCCAAGCAGUCCCGGGACUGUUUUGGGUGCCUUCGAGAAUGGUGUGAUGCCUUCUUGUAAUGUACUCUGGGGACUCCUCAGCCCCCCAGCCACAAUAUUGAGUCUCCAGAGUCUGAAGCCGGGUGGGGCUCCUCCCUGUCCUCCGUGAAGGGAAAGAUUACUGUUGUCACACUCACCUCCUAUGUACUCCAGGGUCUUUUGGGAGUUCUCUCCCCUCAGCGUUUCAACCUUUUUAGGAUUCUUGCCCUUGCAUGCCUUUCUCCUCUCCCCCUGCAGUUCCAUGGCAACAGUUAACUUUCCCCAAUGGAUUCCUAGCCCUUUUCUCCCUCCAUUCACGAUCUGUUGGAUGUCCUUUGGCUCUUUUUUUUGUUUUUUUCUUUUUUGUCGAAAAUAGUUACCGCCCUUACAAAGAUUUUUAGACUAAUAAAGUCAGUGGCCUUCA